AUGCCACCUAAAGAACAUUAUCUCGCAAAAUAUUUUGAAAAACCAAAAGAAAAAGCUAAUAAGUCCAAUGUCUUUUCUAUUUGCAAGUUUUGUAUUAAAGGUCUAGGUUAUGAUGUAGCUGUAGUGCAAUCAAAAAUUACUCAUAAAAGCCGUGACUGUAAAAAUUAUCUUAAAUCAUGUCAAUUUUUUCUUGCUGAAUAUUCUUAUGAAGAACAACAAGAAAUUUUGAACCCACCAGAUGAAAUAGUUGAAAGUUCUUCAACAAAUAAAUUACGAACUAAUCAUUUAAAUGAAGCUUUAACUAGACAAGAAAAAAAAAUUCAUGAAACAAAUGUUGCAACGCAAGCACAAAACACAAAUUUAGAAGUUUCUGAUAAUGAAAGUUUUGAUUUAAGUGAAAAAGAUACUUAUGAAGAUACUUAUAAAGAUAUCUAUGCUGAAGAUACUUACGUUAAAGAUACUCAUGUUGAAGAUACCCAUGUUGAAGAUACUCAUGUUGAAGAUACCCAUGUUGAAGAUACCUAUGUCGAAAAUACUCAUAUUGAAAAUAUUUAUGUUGAAGAAUUAAAUAAAUCAAAUAGUGGAGAUAUUCAAAAUGUUAAUAAUUGGCGCCAUUUAGUAUCUAAGUGGAUAAAACUAGCAGAUGAAGAAGAAAUUAAUGAAUUG